AUGCACCCAACGAGAAGUUUAAAACGCAAGGCCCAUUCAUUAGAGGCGAUUAAGCGCGAACGUGAGGGGUAUCAUUUGGAUAUUCGCACGCCACCGAGAAAUAAGAUCCACCGUGUGGAUGGGGUAAGUGGUCCGACCACGCAGAAGGAGCUGGUCUCUGCGUCCCUAGCAGUUUGCAGUCCCCUACAACCCGGUUCACCUUCAAACCGGCAUCUUCACAUAGACAGAGGGGAUUCCUCAACCUCUCUCUUUAUCAGUCUUGGAAAGGCGGCUGUAAGUGUCACCCGCGGAGAUUCGGGUAGACAUACCCUGUUGUUCGUGCAGCCCUCCUUCUGGUUUACAUGGCGGCCAGCCGAUAAGACGAGCGGGCGGCUUAGUGAGGAAAAUCCCACGGAGGUUGUGCUUGAGGAGAGGGUCCGACUCGGGGUCUUUCAUGAGGAGGAAUCAACGAUCCACAGCAUCCCCUAUGAGUUUUGUCGCGCUAUACAUUCAUCAGCUGAGAACAGGGGUCCUUCUCCGUGGAAUGAUGACGAAGAGCAGGGGAGUGGAAAGGAGCGAUCAGGGGUGACGCCCACCACGGAGGCCGUAAGCACGGAGUUGUACUACUACGAAGCGUUACGGGUAUCCAAGGCUUCCCACCUACCAUCUCUAGAGUACGGUUUAGAUUCUUUAAACUGGAUUAGCGGGCUUACACCGACGCUUCUCGCGGAGUGUUUUGCGAAAAUUCUUAUGGAGGAGUGCUUUCUGAGGGGGGAUAUCAACCGGUAUUCAUUCUUGUACCGUGGCCGUCACUUACUCAGUGAAACUUGCCCCCGGUUGUUGUUCUCGAAUUUGCUAACGCAAUGUAUGGCUGGUGGUCAAGAUUCAUGCCAUCCUAUACGAGUUUGUGUCUUUUGCAAAUUUUGA